AUGGCUGCAAACUCUGAUCAAUUCUCUGCGACUUCAGUUGCGAUAUUAAUGAAGGAGAAGGAUGUUGUAAAACCUCAACCUUCAAAUUCCAAGUUCUCCGAGGAUGCUUCUGUUGGCGAGUCAAAGUUGCAAGAACAUGAUUUUAUCAACCCUACAAAGAACAUGGUGGUGGGUUCAUCUUCAUCAAGUUUGGCUAAUAAUAAGUCCAACAAAGAAGAUAAUACCAAAAAGAAAUCAUUGAAAAAAUUUCCAUGCAAUUAUUGUAAAAGUCAAUUUUCGUCUGCGAAAGCUUUAGGAGGACACCAGAAUGCUCAUAAAAAAGAGCGGGCAUUCGCAAAACAUGAACAGAAGGCAAACAAUGGUUUUGAGACUCCUCGUCAUCUUUUUCCUUACUACACUAAUUAUCCUAGUCUUUCUACAAUUCCUUAUCAUGGAUUUAGAUCCUAUAAUAGAUCACUUGGAAUUAAUGUAGAAUCUAUGAUUCACAAACCAAGGCCAAGCUAUUCUUGGAUGUCACCUCCUUUUAAUUAUUGUCAUACUUCUGCAUGGACACCAAUGCAAGAGAUGAAAACCUAUUCUUUUCUUGAUGGAUCGAAGAAUGAAAGUCUUAGUGUAAAUAAUGCAAAUACUGUAACUCCAACUUUGAAGAAUUUGCUUAAGAAUUUAGAAGAUGGUGUUGGAGAGUCUUCCAUAAAUAUUGCUAAUAAGUCAAACUCCAAAGAAGUGAAUUCAAUUGUAGCUGCCACAAGUGAUCAUGUUAAUCAUAGUAUUAACAUGGAAGAAGUUUCUGAAGCUGAGUCGGUUGAGUUGGAUUUGUCACUUAAACUUUGA